GUAUCAAAUUACGCAGUACAAAAGCACUUGCAUACAGGAUGUCGAACAUGCUGCACGUUAAGCAGCUGCUCCAAUGGUUAACCCUACAAUGGCGCGCCGAUCACGGAUGAUUUUGCUUCUUUUGAACAUCUGGUUCUUCCAAUCUGGCGCAUCACGCCUUCGCUGCUGGCAACCUAAAGCUGUCGGGCGAUGUGACAAGUCGAUACCUUCGUGGUUCUACAACAUAUGGACGGCCCAAUGCAUAGGUUUCAUCUACAGUGGCUGUGGCGGAAAUUUGAACAGAUUCAAAACGGAGGAAGAAUGCAACAAUGCCUGCUUACCCCCAAAUAAGCCUAAGGACAACGUCUGCAGCUUGGAAGCGGAUUCCGGUCCCUGCAAAGGAUAUAAUCCACGGUGGACCUACGACCACGAGAAGGACAUAUGCCGGGGAUUUGUGUACGGUGGUUGUAGAGGCAACGCGAACAGAUUUAAAACGUGCAUGGGGUGCAUGAAAAGGUGCAGUGGAAGAGAGCGUCACUUGCGCCAUUGCAUUCUACUGACACCGAAAUUCAACGACAAGUUUUACAUGGCGUGGGAGCCCGAAUAAAUUGCAUGGCUUUACGUUAAAGCGUCAUUUUCGUUGUUGAAAUAUUUAUUAUGACGAAUAAAAUUAUGUGAAGCGUUUUAUAGCUG